AUGUCAGUGCUGGGCUUGUCGGGCGUGGAAGUUCUUCUCCUAUCCUUCAAGCUCAGCACCAACCUGCAGGAAGACCACGCAACGGUGAUGGGCUUCUUGAAUGGCACUUUGCCCCACAAAGAGGCUUCGUCCAAAGUGGUCCAAAACAUGUGGGACGAUGAGAAGGGCACCACUUGGUGCCUAGAGGACUUUCAGGCUUCGCUGUUGAAUGCUCGACGGGUCUGGCAGGACAGGCACCCCACAGCCAAGAUCUAUGUUGUGCGUUCCGGGAUGGCGCCGAAAGCUCGAUCUCGACCACCCUUGCCACUUGGGCCAAAGCACUGCCAAUAUGGCGGCAAGUUCUUGCCACAGGCGGCUGAAACAUUGCCCAAUGAAGGCUCUCCUGCAGUUGCUCCAGCGCAACGGAAAAGCCCACCCCUUAAAAAGGAGGAGCCUGCACAAGCUUCCAGCGCAGUUGAAUCAGCUGCUUCUUCUAGUUCUGUAAAGGAGGCGCCUGCGGAAAUUUCUGUGAAGGAGGAUCAGGUUGUCAAGGAGGAGCCUUCAACUUCGUCACCUUUGACUUUGCCUCCUGGUCUUGAAAACAUGAGCCCAGCGCAGAAGAAGGCGAAGCUGGGCCAACCUCAAUUUCGGGAGAUGAUCCGGAACCAGAUUGCAUUUCUUCAAUCACUUCUGGAUGAGACCGAUGAAUCAUCUGAUGCUUCCGGCCCUGUGGACAUGGUUUUGGAUGAGAUCCUGAGAGACUACCAGAUCGAGUCAGAGGUCAGGCAGCUCUUCAAGAUGGCUCGGAUCAGUAGAUCGCAAAGGAUCAAGCUCAUGAUGAACAUGCUCUUUCGAUUUUGCCAUAAGUUUGAGAGCAACCAGUGGCUUCGAAAUUGUAUCAGAAACGAAGAGAAGAGAGGCUUCCUGCAGUGAGGGAUACUAUUGUAGCAGUGCAGCAGGCUAGAAAUGGCCUUUUUCACUUUCU